ACAGCGACGAGAGCGGCGGGCGAGCGAAAGUAGGCCGCUCCAACGUGACGCCGGAUAGAAAUCGCCGCCGCGAAACAGAAAGUUGUGCACUCGCCCCGACCGAUGCAGCUGAGCCGCCGCCACUCCUGAAACCGCGCUCUCGCGCGCGCCCCACCUGUCUUCUCCGUCCGCUCAUCCAUCCGUCGACGCCGCCUGCUCCGCGUGCUCCGACGCGCGAGAGCAUCAUCGUCCAUCGACGCAGCAGCGUCUGACGCUGCGACGCGUGACUGAGCCUGUGGGCCGGUCCGUUCUUUACGACGCCGUAUCAUCGGCGCGCUUCGGUCGUCCUCUCUUUGCUCGUGCGUGUGUGUGUGCCUACGCCGACGAACUGAGGAUUAACUUCGGUGUGGUGGGACGUCAGUGACCGUGUCCCCUUGCAGUGCCGAGAGUGUCGUCUCUGACGCAGUCUCUCCCUGAAAGGCGUCAGCCCUUUUUCGUUCCUCACCGCCGUCCUUUAUACGCCGAAUUGUUGUCUCGGUGCGCGCCAACACCGUGAAAAGAUGCCCGGUUCCGUGUCUGGAGUGGCGACAGUGUCGCUCGCCGGCUGUGCCUUGGCGCUCUGCUGUCUUCUGAGCUAUUCCGAAGCUGGUCGGCACCGUAUUCCCGUAGAGCCUGCACAGUUUGGCAAUGACACGGCCACCAAGUCGGCGUUCCUGUUCAACCCGAGAAGGAGGAGUGACAAGUUCCCCAUUAUGCGGCCCAGGCUGAGGACCACGACGAGGAGCCCACUGCCCGACCCGCCGCCAACCACGCCCCGUCAAGAGAACUUGCAGGUGAAGCGGCAGGCGGUGCUCGAGUCGGUGCUCAAGCAGGCGGACAUCUUCGAGCUGUCGUCGUCGGACUUCAGCCCGGCGGUGGCGUGGCCCGUGCCCCGCCGGCCGGCGUCGCGCCGGUUCCGGCCCAACUCCGUCACGCAGCCCUCGACGGCGCGGCCGCUGCUCAAGCUGCGGCAGCCGAAGCCCACGAGGCCCCCCGCGUACUCGCUGGACGGCUUCGUGCCCAAGCCGUCCAUCAUCCGCAUCACCACCACCGAGGCCCCGCUGCACAUACGCAAGAUGUACGCGUCGCCCAAGACCGAGGCGCCCCCCUACCGAAAGAACACGCCACGCUUCGGAGCCAAGAAGUUCAAGGCAAAGCCACUGACGAACGACUACGACGACGACGGCCACUUCCGCAAAGGCCGCAAGCACCAGGACUCCGGCGGUCGCAAGAGCGUGCAGCGUAUCAUGGGCAGCCGGGGACCUCGUAAGGGCAUCCCAGGGAUCGAUUACCCCAACUUCCACCGCAUCCCGACGACGGACUUCGACUGCAAUGACAAGCUGUUCCCCGGCAUGUACGCCGACACCGAGGCCGGCUGCCAGGUGUGGCACAUGUGCACCGGAGUUCCUAACCUGGGAGCGAGACACAGCUUCCUCUGUCCUAACGGCACCAUCUUCAACGAGCGGAGGGGUGUCUGCGAUUGGUGGUACAACGUCGAAUGCAGUGAAUUCACCCUCUGAGCUCAGCCAGUUCUCCUCGAAGCGUUCACGGAUCCGCUCGCCCGGGCCGGACGCAUACAUCGGCGUGUGUUUCUCUAUGCACGCCUCGUGUUCGUAACAGCGCGAUCUGCUCGGGACACUGCGCACGACGAUACGCCGAUGUCUGACAAUGCGAGCGCGUUAAAUGUUUCAUCACGUUACCUCAUCCAGGCCUCGUUCCUUUUCAAAUUCAAAACAAAACUUAGUCGCCCGUUAUCGGGCCAGCUAAUUUAGGCACCAUCGAUGCAGGCACAGAAUGCAGCUCGCUGUUCGAAGGCUCGUAUGGUUAGGUUUGUGGCUGUCCAGCUGGCGGACGCUGAGUGUGCUGCAGUGUGUCCUAACUUGAGAGUCUCGUUUUGCUUAAGCUCUUGCCGGGGCUGGAGGUUUUCAGCCAGUAUUGAUCGUCGCAACACACAAAUCGCGAUGUUCUAUUGCAAAAGUCAUCUGUCAAAUUGUUUCAUGCUGAAAACCUGCCUAGUUUCUGGUCGGAAAGGUACUCGAAUGGUAGAGCUGAAGCACGCGCCAAGGAAUCGCGCAUACGUUAAGUGGCAGCCACAUACAGCGUAUUCCCAAUGUAUUUUCGACGUCGCGAGGCCCCGUAUCGACGCGUCCAUUUCGAGCUUUGUGCUAACGGCGCUAUAAUUUCGGCCAUCAGGUUUCCUACGUUGUUGUCGGUUAAAGUGGACACCAGACGUGACGCGUGACUAUAAAGUGGCGUGUGUAUCACGUGCCGUGAAAUCAUUUCACCUACGCCGGGCGACGUGAGGCCAAAACUGCGCCGAAAAAAAAAGAAAGAAAACGUUCCAUGAGGUUGCCGCUUAAAUCGGUGGCAAUGUUAUCUGCUCUUACCACUGCUAGUGCCUAUAGCGUUCGUUAAGCCAUGAACACACAUAAACGAAGUGGUCAGGCUAUUGGCUUGGCGGUUUAUAUCUAACAUAUGUACAAAAGGCUAUCUAGCAGCGACUAUUAGCGAUCGUUAAUACUGAUAACUUUAUGACAAGAACAAAAAGAGAAGUGAGCGCGACAUCUAAGUUAAGCGAUCGUGUCUAGUUUUCCCGAGGCGCUUAUGUAGCACAACUGUCACGAGCAUUGUCAUCGAAGGAAUGAAUCGGCUACAACUUGAUGAUCAGCGGAGCCUCAUCACCCCUGAUCUCAAGGCGGUAGCCGAUUUACAGAUUGUUGGAGCGAGUACCUGCAACCACAUUGUGGCCUGUUCUCACGUUGUGUUAUGUUGUGAGCGUCUUCUUCUGCCAAGUAGCUCUCGUGAUCGUGCGUAAUGUUAAGCCAGUUAUCCGGCAAUGUAUCGCCAAUGUCCUCGUUCGGAGAAUAUAUUCAGCGCAUGUCUGGUAGCCAAGUCUGCACCAACACCACAAAGUACGCGACAUUCAGAUAAUGAUUAAUCUACUGUCUGGUUAUUUUAGCCACGACUGAAGAGAUUUCCUUAGUAGAGCCUACGGAUCUGCUUUCAUUCAGAGUGAACGCUGUCUGCGUCAGAGGCCACGAAGAAAGGCUGUACAAGUCCUGCAGUGCGCCAGCAUGGGCAGUCAAAUGGCUGCUCUAUACUUGCGUCCAAAGUAAAAAUUUUGGGAGUAUACUGUGCGGCUCAUGGGGUUAGGUGAAGUGAUAGUGCUCCCACCACUGCGUUGUCCAGCCGAUUGUCCGCAGUGGUAGUUAUCCCGAAGUCCGUCUUCCUCCUACAUUGGAUGCUAUAUUGGUCAAAGAUAACUUGGACAAGAUAAGUUUGCCAAAGUUGCGAACAAGAUAAUUUGAGCAAUAAGCACGAUGACCUCAGCUUCAGCCUGUGUGUCGAUGAGCAGUUCCCCUUCGGCGUCCCCAAAACUGUGCUGGAGUGAUUUGUGACUACGUAUCCCCGAUGCUUAUCCGCGAUAAGCGAUUCGUGGUGCCAUGCCUCGCAGCAACUCUGAACUGAUCUCCAUGUCACCAAACGGCAAAAUCAGAAAUGUGAGUGUGGUGUAACAGAUGUGACGCGCGUUUCGUAGCUUCUCUAUAAAGCUCGUCCAAUUGGUCGCCCAAGGUAUCCGAGGACGUUAAAGAAUAGUUAAGUGCAGUGUUUGCGCAAGGAGCAUCCGUUAUUACACGGCUAGGCGCACAAUAUAACGAGGGCUUGAAUUUUCGUGCCUUUCUUUUGUGUCAACGUGCCGCGGAAGCUGCGACAAGUCAGUGAGCCAAAGCUCCACUCUCUCUGAUGAACGCGUCACGACGUCAGCAGAAGCGUCAACGUCGCGCCGUCAAUCGUGCAUCGAUGUGCGUACUGGUGUUUCGAAUACGACAUAUAGCAUCAUCUUAAGAACUGGUUCCUCAGAUAAAAAAAGAAUAGUAGUUCUGUGCAGUGGACACAGAGAUCGACAGAACGCGGGAGAGCCAGUAUUGUCGUCACGACUGGCGUCACAACCGAUUGUUAGCGUGACGACCAUACACAGGAACGUUGAACUCAGGAUUUACUUCUGCUUGUGUGCCUGUUCUAAGCGUCUGAUGUUCUUGAGAAUUCCUUCUUCCACCACUUUCAGCAGAAAGAAACAAAAAAGGUUCUUAUCUGUUCCGUGCACGACACGCUCAAGACCCGGGAAUCAGCGCUGUGGCUCAGACGUCUGACAUGGAAGAACGGGAAGAUGGGGCUUCUUCGCUCGUACUCCGUUUUGCGGGACGCAGUUUUGCUUGUGCUUGAGAUCCUGUUGGGUAUGACUGAACAAACGUCUCUGUUGAGUUUGCAUCGACAACUGUCGUCUAUUCGUAUAUCUUUGACACUUUCCAAUCUUCGAAAUCUCGGUGUUUUAUUUUUUCUUGUUCUUUCUCUGUAGUGCGUUGAUAUAUUUAUUUUUACACUAUUGUUAGAAUUUUUGCGCGUUGGUGUUGAGCGAAAAGAAGCGUGUAAAUUAUUUUUUUUACGUGGUGGUAACACAACUUGAGGAUUGCCUAUAGCAAGGGCCCAUGUUAACACUUAACAUGUCUAGAUGCACCUUUCUAUUAACAACGGGUAAAACCUAAGUCCUCUAGCUAUCACUUACUUCCCUACGCCAAGCUCAAACGUUCUUAUCGCUUCACAACUUACGCUUUUUCGACUAGCCUAAGAGCUGACACUUGCUUCUUAUCAAUCUUGAAUAUUUAUUGAAUGGUCUUUCUUCAAUGUGUCGUCUACGUUGUCCCGUGAGCUCUGGGACACCGUUAUUUUUCCUGCACUUCCGCGUGCGCUUACUGUAGGUGUUCUUUGUUCUACCCCUACUCCCUUUUACUUCUUUUUUUUUUUGCACAACAUGGAUGGCCUAUAUCGUGGUCACAGGCCUAUCGCAGUUCAACUAUUCACCUCCAAAUGCCCGCUUUGGUUGCUGGGUCGAGAGAACCUUGUUACAGGUUGUUUGUUUCUCAUGCUACUAUAGCCACGAAUCUCCGUAUUCACACGCUCACAUCGUGCGCAAGGUAUUUUAGACAUACCCUGCUGUCGCGGUAACCUUUAUUAAAAGCGUGCAUUUUAGUGUUUUCGUGUGCCUGGAACGCAUAAAUUACUUGCUGCAACUCCUUUAGUCGACGCAAUCAUUAAGCUCGUCAAGAAACAACCGGGAUAUGACGGUAACUGCACCAUGAGUUCGAUUUUAGAAGUUACAGCACGAGCGUGCGAAGGAUGCCUGCUUUUAUAUAAAGGUUACCAUGACGAAAGGGUAUGCUCGCCAAAUCAUUAAUUUAUCACAGUAUUUGAACACUCGCUUCGUACAUUCCACCAAUGCUUUAUUUCACAGCGCAAGCACAUGAUUUCCACGACUACUGCUUUGGGCGACUAAAUCUUAUGCCUAUCCUUUUCACAUCAACUUUUUUUCUCUCCCUGGAAUAUCAGGAGCACAGUACACUGUGAAAUGACAUUGUUUAGAAGCUACCACGCAACUCUAAGCCACUUAUUUCCUUUUCGUUUUCUUUUGCGUUUACGAAUCUAGAGAUUAUCAGGGUCUGUCAAUGGUUUCUGGCAACAGUUCAUUCCUCUUACCGAUGUAACAUCGUGGUGUGGCUUAAAACAGGCAUAACCAAUCACUUCAUUCCAGGUAAUCUUCACCGCAAGCUGUCAUCCAUCAAAGCUUUUAAUUCUUUUUGCCUAUACGUUUCAAUCAGGCAGUAAAAACAAAAAAAAACCUUGCACAUCUCAGCAGCUAACAUGCCCACUGUCCGCAGUAAAUGCUAUACGCUGGCACUGUUAUAUCCACCUUCGCCGUUUUACAGCGGAGUAACCUUCACACAAAAAACAAAACAAAAGAACAACAAGAACAAAAAAAAACAACAUAACAGCUCUUUCGCCUCGUUCACGCAAAACGUCUACUUUCGGUCGUCUAUGAGAAUCUUUUUUUUUCGCACACAUUGUAUAUACAUUAUAUUGAACAAUAAAUGUUGUUUACAAAUGUCAA